AUGACGGUCACCGGCUCAUUCUCUGCCCCUCCUCAAGUAAUCACCUUCGAUGGCCUACUUUCCGACUUCGAUGGCACCAUUGUCGAUUCGACGGAUGCGAUCGUAAAGCACUGGCACAAAAUCGGCGCUGAGCUCGGUGUCGAUCCCAAGACGAUCCUCGAGACCUCUCACGGCCGUCGAAGCAUCGAUACAUUGAAGCUGUACGACCCCUCGAAAGCCAACUGGGAGUUCCUUCUGCCAAAAGAUGUCAGCUUUAUUGAAGGAGUUAUCCCGAAGGAGUACGGCUCGGAUGCCGUCGAGAUCCCCGGCGCGCGGUCUAUCCUCGCUGCUCUGGAAGAGAGCGGCGCCACCUGGGGCGUCGUGACAUCGGGCACACGCGCACUCAUCGACGGUUGGCUCGGUGUUCUUGGUCUCACACAUCCCAAAGUCCUCGUUGUUGCGGAGGAUGUGGAGCAAGGGAAGCCCGAUCCUCGGUGCUACCUGCUCGGACGGAAGAAGUUGGGUCUGGAGCACUCUUCUUCGAUAGUGGUGCUGGAGGACGCGCCGUCAGGUAUCAAGGCUGGUAAGGCGGCUGGGCUCACCGUCAUCGCUUUGACCACUACCCACACAUUGGAGCAGCUCCAGGCGGCUGGAGCGGACGUGAUUGUAGAGGAUUUGAGGAGUAUUAGUGUGAAGGGUGUUGUUGACGGGCGGCUUCAGCUUGAGGUUCGGAAUGCCUUCCAGUAA